UCUCUGUUAUGGUCCCUUAAGCCUGAGAGAUAGACUGGGAGCCACCUCAUCCACUGAAAACUGCAAAUAUGGAGUAAGCAGAGCAAGACAACAGUAACAAGUCUUCAUUUACUAGUCUUCAAGGCUGUUUCAUGUGAAGAAAGAGAUUCUCACUAUGGAGUCAAACAGAUCAGUGAUGUCCCAUCAGGAUGGAGAGAAAAACCAUCUGAGUUUCAGCUCGAAGUCUGCCUCACGCUAUGGCUCCAUUACUAACAGCCUUUCAUCACUUGCACCAGCACAAGUGCAGAGACCAGCCAUAUCAGCUACACGCUCUAAAAUAGCUGUGGCUGUGCUCUGCUACAUCAACUUGCUCAACUACAUGGAGCGGUAUACAAUAGCAGGUGUCCUUCUCAACAUCCAGAAUUUCUUCGAUAUAAAUGACAGCACAGCUGGACUUCUGCAGACAGUUUUCAUCUGCAGUUUCAUACUUUUGGCACCUAUCUUUGGUUACCUUGGUGACCGGUACAACCGGAAGUUCAUCAUGAUUGGUGGUUUAAGUGUGUGGCUUGUGACUGCAACCAGCAGUUCUUUUGUCACCAAGACGUACUUCUGGUUUCUGGUGCUGAUGCGAGCCCUGGUGGGGACAGGAGAGGCCAGUUACUCCACCAUUGCUCCCACCAUCAUAGGAGACCUCUACAGCGGAGCUCAGCGGACUGUCAUGAUCUCUGCCUUCUACAUCUUCAUCCCAGUCGGAAGUGGUCUUGGAUAUAUAGCAGGGUCAUCCAUAGCCACUCUUACAGGGGACUGGCGCUGGGCGCUUAGGCUCACUCCCAUCUUGGGCACAGUGGGACUUAUACUGCUGAUCUUCUUGUGUCCGAAUCCCCCAAGAGGGGCUGCAGAGACCCAGGGAGAGGGAAUUGUAGGGCAGAGCACAUACCUUGAGGAUGUCAAGUACCUUGUGAAAAAUAAAAGUUUUGUGUGGUCAUCGAUGGGAGUGACAGCAAUGGCCUUCCUAACUGGCGCCUUGGCUUUUUGGACGCCUACUUUUCUGUCGAGAGCGCAGGUCACUCAGGGAAUCCGACCGCCGUGCACCAAAGAGCCCUGCGACACCUCAGACAGCUAUAUCUUCGGUGCUGUGACGGUGGUGACAGGCAUUAUUGGAGUGUGUCUCGGCAGUGCUUUGUCCAGGUGUUUGAGGGACAAGGUGCCCAAUGCUGACCCGCUCAUCUGCGCUGUGGGCAUGCUGGGAUCUGCCCCCUGCCUCUUCAUGCUCAUCUUCCUUGCAUCCACAAGCAUCCCAGCCACUUAUGUGAUUAUUGCCAUUGGAGAGACUUUGUUGUCACUGAACUGGCCUAUCCUGGCUGAUAUACUCCUGUAUGUUGUCAUACCGACCAAAAGGGCAUCAGCUGAGGCUCUGCAGAUUACAGUCUGUCAUCUCCUGGGUGAUGCUGGGAGUCCUUAUCUAAUAGGAGCGAUCUCAGAUGCUAUAAGCGUGUACAAGCCUGACUCCUACGAGUGGAGGUUCCUCAGUCUGAAGUACAGCUUCCUGCUCUGUCCUUUUAUUGGUGUGCUGGGUGGACUGUUUUUCCUCAUGACCGCCCUCUAUAUUGCCAAAGACAGGAGGGCAGUUGAGCUGUUGGUUGAAGGAAAUCCUCCACCACUGCAGGCCUCUACAUCUGAGCCUACCAUGGAGCCAAGCACAGAGGCAAAGCUGGAAACUCAGUAACAGCCUUCAGUACUGGAUGUUACAGUAUAUUUAGGCUACAAAUACUCAGGAAAAUAAAUGUGGUGUUGGAUGUUGGAACUGUCUUAAAAUAUAUUUUUUAAAAAUAAUAAUUAAUUUUAAAUUUUACAACAACAUCCUGAUGACCAAUUUAGAAAAAAAUGACUUCAUUGUACAUGUGUGUAGAAUUUAUUCAAGCCACUGGCACUUUUUGAGUGAUCAGAAGGUUUUGCCUGACCACUGUUUGUUCAUUUCAGACUGCUUUUUCCCUUUGUUAAUUUUGGUUAAUGUGAAACUGUGAACAGGGUUGCCAAUUAAUUUGUCUCAGACUUUGGCAUUGUAACUAAUGCUAAUUUUGACCAUAAUUUCUUUUCUUGUCCUGCACAAGUUAGUUCAUUUUUCAUUCCUCUUGCUUGUUCAGAAAGAUUAGUCAAUGCUAACUCAACGCCACUGCUGCCACUUUUUACCACUUUGCAAAUGGUGAAGAGGAUAUAGGAACAGACUGAGAAAACAGUCAUCCACGUUUGCUUUGUGUGACAUUCCACAUUUUUGCCCUGUCCUCUUAUAGCAGUGCCUCAGUGUAGGCAGCACCAAGAAAGACAAGCCCCAUCCUCCCCGUAACCCUAUUGCUGUUAUCAUAUUACCUCCCUUUUGGUGGCACUGUUGUACUUGAAAAGUAAAAGCUUAUAUUUUCUAAGAAAAAAAAGCUGUUUCACUGAAUUACUUUUCUCUCUGGAAUCUUUAUUUCCAUCCAGAAACACAAACUUGCAAAAGAAAACAGUUGUAGUUUUAGGUAUUAUUGUGUAAAGCUUUGAUGCUGCAAGCAAAAGCAACCAAGACAUGCUGUAUUGCUUUGGUGGCUGAUUUGUGAAGAGAAGUCUUGAGUGGCCCACAACCCUAUUCAGCCAUUGUUUAUGCAAAAUGCAACAUGAUUUUGUCUUACAAAAUUUGUUCUGUUUCUACCACAAUAGUGGUUGUAUUAUUAAGAAGGAAUCAAUACUGACCCUUAAAAAGGUAGAAGUGAAAAAGCUGACUCUUCAUUGCUGCAAACAACAAGAAAUUGUUGUGGACAGGAUGUUCCCCAAUUGCAUUCAUUCAAAAAAGAAAAAAAAAAAAAAAAACUUUAAAAGACUUUUUCUGCAAGUGACAGCUCAGCCCACAAGAGUAUACAAUUGCUGACAUUUACCAGAAUUUCAAAACGGUCAGCCAAGGCCUGGCCUUCAUGAUUCUCCUGUACAUGCUGACACCAGCCCAUGCACAAGCAGCCGUUUUGAGCUGCAGCUUCCCCUGACUCCAAAUCAGUCUACACAAACCCCAGGCAGAAUACGGUGAAUUUGUCCAAGCAUCCAUACUAAGGAGCAUCAGACUGACCUCUCUGUUUAUGACUGUCCCAGUCUGCAUGCAGCUGCUGCCUGCUAAUGAGCACUGCAAGAGGCCUGAGGCUGGACCACAACAU